AUGAUAUCUAAAGACAUAAUCCUGAGUAUUGCCUUCUUCUCCCAGACAGGAAUUGGGGUCCUAGGAAAUUCUUUCCUUAUUUGUCUCUUCGCCUUCAUGUUUCUCAAAGGACAGAGAAUGAGACCUAUAGACACUAUUGUCAUCCAACUGCUCUUGGCUAACUGUUUGGCGCUUCUCUCAAAGGGUAUCCCUCAGACCAUGGUGGCUUUGGGUCUGAUGGAUUUCCUGGAUGAAAUUGGCUGUAAGAUUGUUUUCUAUCUUCAUAAAGUAGCUCGGGACCUUUCCCUCAGCAUGACCUGCCUCCUGAGUGGCUUUCAGGCCAUCACCAUCAGCCCCAGCAACUCCAAUUGGGCAGACCUUAAAUCCAGAGCCCCCCAAUACCUCUGUCCCUUUAGUUUCUUCUCUUGGAUUUUUCACCUGAUUUUUUGCAGCUAUGUUCCUUGGGGAAUUCAGGGACCAAAAUCUACCAGAAAUAGCACUAGACCGAUACAGCAUAAUGGGUAUUGUUCUCACCCAAUUCCUGUUGGAUUUUAUUCCUCCUUAUUUACAAUCAUCCUCUCAUUUCCCGAUGCUAUGUAUUUGGGACUCAUGGUCUCUGCCAGUGGCUACAUGGUGUUCCUUCUCCAUAGGCAUCACAAGCAAGUUCAGCACCUCCGUAUUAGCCGCCUGUCCCCCAGAGCAUCUGCUGAGAGCCGGGCCACCCAAACUGUUCUACAGUUGGUGAGCACCUUUGUUUGCUCUUACUCACUCAACUGCAUCUUGGCAGCUUGCAUGGCCUUCAGGGAGUGCCCGCCCUGGGCGAUGCCCACCUCUGCCUUCCUGGCUUCCUGUUUCCCAACCAUCAGUCCCUACGUGCUGAUUGGCAGCGACUCCCGAGUCCUCAGCUGCUGCUACGCAGUUUGUGGGAGGAAAAAGCUGUUUUCUGACACAAACAACAGAGUGAGGUCCUCUGCCCGGGACGAUCCUGGGAACGUUUCCACCCAAGUAAAGGAAUCUCCACAUCUGAAGAGGCCUGGGUCUGACCCUAAAUAUUAG